AUGGACGUCCUAUCGCCUAGUACUCCCAAUGGGGACUCCGCUCAUACCUCGUUGCUGGAGCCGGUCGAUCCUCUCCAUGUUCUCCAUCACAUCGCUGCAUUGAUCGAGACGACCCUGGGUGCGGCGAGGCGGGAACUGGAGGCGGUCGGCAGCUUACUCUCGAAAGGCAGCCAUGCCGAAGCCCUCAGCAAAUGUGCUCGAUUUGCGGUUGACCCCCAGGUGACGCUGUAUGCUCAGAAGGAUGUUCGGGAAGAGUUGGUUAAUGGCCAUAAUGACACCCCAAGUGAGUCGAAGAAUGGUCCUCUGCGGCAUGACUCUAAUCGGUCGGCAGAAAUCGAGCACCUCUACACCCUAUCGUCCGAACUCAGUCCCGCACCCACGACGGUUGCCACCAUUGCCUUCUUGAAACUGUCCGGGCCUUUAGAUGGUCGAAAGUCGAUAGCCAGCCAGAUCCAAGUCUUUCACCUUCCAGGCUCCUACAACAUCAGCGGCGAAGCAACCACGGCUGGAGAUGCCAUCUCGCCCUACGAAGUCGUCUACUCACUUCUGCACAAUGUCCUCAGUCCCUAUUUCGAGGCCUAUACCCGGCAACAGGGCUCCGCGACUCGGAAUUGGUAUGACCCGCAGGCCAAAGGCGGCGUCCCGGGAGCAAAGAGAAGAAUUGCCGAACUGGAAAUGAGCCUGCUUCACUUGCAACAGAAUACCGAUAUUCCCAUGAUACAUCUUCCAAUGCACGAAGUCGUGAUGGGCGCCAUGCAAGAUGCAGAAGCUCAGGGCAAAGCACCUUCCGUCCAACUGAUUCCGGCCCAUGUUCUCGAGAACACCACCGUCCUGAAUAGCAUUCAAAACCAUGUCAACACGUGGAUCAAGUCGAUACAGAAUAUCACAAAGUUCACCAAGGACGUGAAGGAUGCCGCUCCUACUCAGACAUCGGCAGCUCAAGAGAUCAGCUUCUGGCUAUCUAUGGAGGCGGCCUUGAACAAGCUGGUAGAGGAGAUAAGCCUGGACCACGUCCGUUUGACCCUAGAAAUCCUCAAGAAGGCCAAGCGGCAACAGGCCGUGGUAAGUUUCGAGACUGACACUGGCUGGAGGGACUCUCUUGACGUUGUGCGAAACUAUAAUACUCUGAUGCGCGACUUUCCCCUCGAGGAAAUGUCCUCGGCCACCUCGCUGCCAAAGCUGGCCGAAGCCCUGGUGCUGAUCUUCACCCAUCUGAACAAAAAGUGGAGGGUUUGCAAUUAUCCUAUCCGGCGAGCUCUGAGGCUGGUGGAAGGCAUUUCGGAAGACAUGAACACCCACGUACUCCGCCUGCUCCAAGGCCGUUCCAUCAUGUUGUUGAGCUGGGUAGAAUUCACUGAACUGAUGGACUCGGUCAAUCAGGUUUGGGAAACCUGGGACGAUCAGAUGAAGAGCUUUACUACCGUUGCUCGAGAAAUCACCCGCCGCAAGAAUGCCGACUUUGUGCCGGUCAAGAUUGUCCCUAGACAUGCCCAAACACAGGAGCGACUGCGCUAUGUCUACCAAUUCCGAAACGAUCACGAACAACUGCGCCGGACCAUUGUCAAUGUUCUGGGACCCAAAGCUAGAGCGAACGACCCAACUCAACCGGCGGAUGACAGCGCCGUGGCGGUGGUUGAAGAGCUUGGAGACGUUGACGCCGUGGAAGAAGUAGCUGCAGCCUACGAAAUUGUGCGCCAUGUAGACAUCCUUGAUGUGUCUCCCAAAGGCACGGAAAUCUGGGUUCAAGCCGAGAUGCAGUAUACUGAACGGACAUCUCGUGUCGAGGAUUCGAUCAUUACGAGGUUGAGAGACCGACUAGGAAGAGCGAAGACGGCAAACGAGAUGUUUCGCGUCUUCGAGAAAUUCAACGCUUUACUCGUCAGACCUAAGGUUCGGGGCGCUAUCGGAGCAUAUCAGACCCAGCUUCUGGAACACGUCAAGACCGCAAUCGCCGCGCUCCACGAGAGGUUCAAGCAGCAGUACGGCGGCUCGGAGGCACAGAUGAUGGCUCAACUUCGUGACACCCCUCCAGUCGCCGGAGCUAUUCUGUGGGUCCGCCAGAUCGAGGUACAGCUGGAAAAUUACAUGUCCAAAGUCCAGGCUGUGCUCGGAGAAGAAUGGAUGCUCUAUACCGAAGGAGAGAAAUUGCAGGCCGAGAGCCAGAUGUUCCGAAAGAAGCUCACGACUCGCGACAUCUACGAAGCAUGGCUCCGAGACAUCCAAGCCAGAGACAUUUCCGUCACCGGUAGGCUGUUUACCAUUUCGCGAAGUCGCGCUUCCAACGGAGCUAUGGAGCUCAUCGUAAACUUCGACAACCAUGCGAUCUCCCUUUUCAAGGAAGUCCGCAACCUCAGCUGGCUCAACUAUCAAAUCCCGCAUCGGAUAGCGACGACUGCGAAACAGGCCCAGCGCGUGUAUCCCUACGCGCUUAGCCUUAUGGAAAGCGUGGCAGGAUAUUUUGCCGCAUUCCGGGCAAUUCAAGAGGUACCUGACAUGGCGCCACUGAUGGCAGGCUACGAAAAGGAGGUUCAAAGCCUUUUUGGAACGGGCAUCAAGCUAAAAUGGGACUCUUUCAUCCAUUCCUACGAACUACACAUUAAGGGAAAGGCCACGUCCAAUGAUUCGGCACAUGUGCAAUACGUCCGGGACUUGGCUACGGCUGUCACCACAUUGCAAAACAAGACAGCCACCGUGCGAACCCUCGAGCAGACCAUUCAACAAGCGAUCUCAGAGAUGAAGACAUGUCAAUACACGGCCAAGAAGUUUCAUGCCCAGGUGGACGUCAUUCAGAAUGCCGUGGACAAGAUGAAUCUCGAAAAUUUUUCGAAUCUCUCCAGCUGGGUCUCUCAGUUGAACUUGCAGUUGCGCCAGAUCUUUGAGAACCGUCUCCAUGCGGCUCUGAAGCACUGGACCGCUACGUUCACGUCGGUCGGAGCGCAAUAUCCCGCUUCUGAAGAAACAAUCUACAAUGUGCAGUUUCCUCAGAUACAGAUCGAAAUAAUGAUGAACAAUCAGACUGUCUUUGUCGACCCUCCUCUGAAUUUCGUCAGAGCGUCUUGGAUACAUCAACUCGAAGAGUGGUUGGAUAUACUGUGCCACUUGCCUCAGAUCAGAGCGUCGCGCUAUCAAGUGACCGCAGAUAUUGGCGCGCCACAACAGAUGCCGACCUUCACCGACUUACCCAUGCUCAACGUGGGUGCGCUUCAGGCUGCUUACAACGCCAUCGACGCCAGAAUCGAAGACAUGGCUGUCUACCUCGAAGAAUGGUACACUUACCAGAAUCUAUGGGAUCUCCGCAGUGACCAGUUUCGUGAAGUUCUUGGUGACGAUCUGGCGCAGUGGCAUCAACUACUUCAGGAAGUCCGUCAUGCACGUUCCACCUUUGACACGUCUGAGGGACGCAAGACUUUCGGCAGCGUUGUCUUCGACUAUGAGCAGGUUCAGGCGAAAAUUACUCAGAAGUAUGACCAGUGGCAAUAUGAGAUCACGACCAACUUUGGCGGAAUUCUUGGGAACCGUAUGGCAGAAGUCUACUCUGAAAUGAAGCGAUCCCGUGCGGAGCUCGAAAAUCAAUCUCUGGAAGCCUCUUCAACUGCGCAAGCGGUCGCAUUCAUCACCACCGUCCAGCAAUGUCGGCGCAAUGCAAUAUUAUGGGAGCCUGAAGUCGAGAUCUUCCGGCAAGGUCAGACGGCUCUUUCCCGUCAGCGGUACAACUUUCCCAGUGACUGGCUUUAUGCAAAUCAAGUCAGUGACGAGUGGGAUGCAUUUGAGGAGAUUUUGAACCGCAAGAGCAAGGUUGUCGAAGAUCAGACGGACGCUCUCCGUGCCAAUAUCAUUGCGGAGGAUCGUGUCAUCACUGGCCGGAUAACGGACGUGGUUGCGCAGUGGACCGAAGAGAAACCAGUAUCCGGUACCAUCCCACCAGCCGAAGCCGCCGAGCUUCUGCGCAUGUACGAAGGACGCAUGCAGAAGUUGCAGGGAGAAGCGGAGACUGUGUCACGAGCGAAAGAAGCACUUGCUUUGCCCCUGAUUCGGGACAACGCCCUGGCAGCAGCGCUCGAAGAGGUGAGCGACUUUAAAUCUGUCUGGUCGGCACUGUCUACGAUAUGGCAGAGCAUCACCGAGCUCCGCGAUAUGCUAUGGACUAGCCUUCAGCCCCGUAAACUGCGGCAGUCACUGGAGGGCCUGGUGAAGAUGACGAAAGAGAUGCCCAGCCGCAUGCGACAGUAUGCCGCCUUCGAGCAUGUACAAAACGUUCUUCGACAACUGAUCAAGGCGAAUCCUCUCCUGACGGACCUCAAGUCUGAUGCGAUCCGUGAACGACACUGGUUGAAAAUCUACAAAGCCUUGAAGCCCAACAAGCGAUACUCGGAGGUCUCAAUGACUCUGGGAGAUGUGUGGGAUCUUCAGCCUGUGGCCAGCGAAUCUACAAUACGAGAUAUUAUCGUCCAAGCACGUGGAGAAUUGGCACUCGAAGAGUUCGUUCGACAGGUUCGAGAGACAUGGCAGAGCUAUCCGCUUGACUUGGUCAACUAUCAGAACAAGUGCCGUCUGAUUCGGGGCUGGGAUGACCUGUUCUCCAAAUGCAGCGAGAACCUGAAUUCCCUGCAAGCCAUGCGCCACUCGCCGUACUACAAAGAAUUCGAGGAGGAGGCUUCAUCAUGGGAGGAUAAGCUGAACCGCGUUCAUGUCCUGUUCGACGUUUGGAUUGAUGUCCAGAGGCAAUGGGUCUACCUCGAAGGCGUCUUCACCGGCAACAACGACAUCAAGCAUCUUUUGCCUACUGAGUCAAGUAGAUUCUCCAACAUCAACACCGAGUUCUCGGCGGUCAUGAAGAAGGUCUACAAGUCCCCGUUCGUGAUGGACGUCCUUUCGAUCCCCGGUGUUCAGAAGUCCCUGGAACGACUGGCCGAGCUUUUAAGCAAGAUCCAGAAGGCCUUGGGCGAGUAUCUCGAGCGCGAGCGGGUGUCGUUCCCGCGGUUCUACUUCGUUGGUGACGAGGACUUGCUCGAGAUCAUUGGCAACAGCAACGACAGCACCCGUGUGGCCAAACACUUCAAGAAGAUGUUCGCAGGGAUUUCUGGCGCCAAAGUCAACGACGACAACACGAUUACCGCGGUGAUCUCAAAGGAAGGCGAAGUAGUCAUGCUCAAGAAAGAAGUGUCUCUGAUCAAGCUGCCCAAGAUCAACGAUUGGCUUUCGGCACUUGACAGCAGUGUGAAGCAGACCUUAGCUGAACUGCUUACAGAAGCCGUCGUGGCUUUCAGACCGCUGUUUACCGCCGACGACCUCGACGUGGAGCAAUUCCAGGAUUAUAUGAGGCGGUUCCCUGCGCAAAUCAUGAUACUCGGUGCCCAGGUCGUCUGGACCGACUUAGUCCAGGAAGCGCUGGAAGCCGCCGGGCAAGGUUUGUCGAAGCUCCAUGAGUACGAAAUCAGACUGCUCAACCUGUUGGCCGAGAGUGUUCUGCAUGACUUGCCCGCUUUAACUCGCAAAAAGUGCGAGCAUUUCAUCACCGAGGCGGUGCACCAACGGGAUGUCAUCGCAAAACUUAUCGCGACCGAAGCAAAUACGCCCGGCCACCAUCUCUGGAUCCUGCAGAUGCGCUAUGUCUAUGACCCUAACGCAGAUUUGAUGGGCCGCUUACGCAUUCAGAUGGCUAAUGCAGACCUUGACUAUGGGUACGAGUACCUGGGCGUGCCAGAUCGCCUUGUCCGGACACCGCUUACCGACCGCUGUUUCCUCACGUUGACGCAAGCUCUCUGUCAGCGACUGGGUGGUUCGCCCUAUGGCCCUGCUGGAACAGGAAAGACCGAGUCAGUCAAGGCUCUGGGGCUUCAACUGGGACGUUUCACGCUGGUCUUUUGCUGCGAUGACACGUUUGACUUCCAGGCCAUGGGCCGCAUCUUCCUGGGUCUGUGUCAGGUCGGGGCUUGGGGAUGCUUUGACGAAUUCAAUCGACUUGAAGAAAGAAUCCUUUCCGCUGUCUCUCAGCAGAUCCAGAAUAUCCAGAUUGGCCUCAAGCACACUACCAACGAGCAGAAGGCACAAAUCGAACUUGUUGGGCGCCGAUUCAAGGUCAACCCCAACACCGGUUUGUUCAUCACCAUGAAUCCUGGCUACGCGGGCCGUUCCAACUUGCCUGAUAACUUGAAGAAGCUUUUCAGGAGUGUUGCCAUGUCCAAGCCGGACAAGGAACUGAUUGCCGAAGUCAUGCUGUUUUCGCAGGGUUUCAAGCAAGCCAAGCAGAUCUCACAUCAAGUCGUUCCGUUCUUCGACCAUUGCGCUCGCCGACUCUCGAAGCAACCUCACUAUGACUUUGGCUUGCGAGCACUGAAAAGUGUCCUCGUCAGUUCCGGCGGCCUCAAGCGUAUCCGCAUGCAAAGCUCGGAAGAUACACUCAGUGAUGAAAGCAUUCUGGAGCCUCAGAUCAUUGUACAGAGCAUCAGAGAGACAGUCUCUCCCAAACUCAUCAAACAGGAUGUCGAGACACUUGUUGACCUGCAGGCCCAAGACUUCCCUAACGUCGAAUAUGUUCCUGCUGACAUGACUCGGCUCGUCGACGCCAUCAAGGAAGUCAUGCAAGAACAUCACCUCACGGAAAGCGAGGCCUGGAUGACAAAGAUUCUUCAGCUGUAUCAGAUCCAAAACAUUCACCAUGGUGUCAUGAUGGUAGGACAGUCUGCUUCUGGCAAAUCAGCAAUCUGGAGAGUCCUGCUACAAGCUCUGCAAAAGGUCGAGGGCAUUGAGGGCGUCCAUCACGUUAUCGAUCCAAAGGUUAUGUCUAAGGAAGCUCUCUAUGGCAGCCUUGACAGCACAACCCGGGAAUGGACCGACGGUUUGUUUACUGCCAGCUUGCGAAAGAUCGUUGACAAUCUCCGUGGCGAAGAUAGCAAGCGGCAUUGGAUUGUCUUCGAUGGCGAUGUCGAUCCCGAGUGGGUGGAGAACCUGAACAGCGUACUUGACGACAACAAGCUGCUCACCCUGCCAAAUGGUGAAAGACUCAACCUGCCGCCGAACGUUCGAAUUAUGUUCGAGGUCGAAAGCUUGAAGUAUGCUACACUUGCAACGGUCAGUCGCUGCGGUAUGGUGUGGUUCUCGGAUGACACCGUCAGUCCGUCCCUGAUGAUCGACCAUUACUUACAAACGCUGGCAAACCGUACUUUUGAAGAUCUCGACGACGAAAUCAAAGCGGCGGGUCUUGGUGCAAAGGCUGAGGAGACCCAACGCCGUGUGGUGGAGACACUGAAAGCACUGGUCGAGCGCGAUGGUUUCAUGUUGAAAGCACUAUCAACAGCGAGGAAUCACAAACAUAUCAUGGAAUUUACCACCGCGCGGGCUCUCGACAGUCUCUUCAGUCUCUUGGCCAAAGGUUGCCGAACAAUCCUGGAGUACAACAUGAACCACCCUGAAUUUCCCCUGGAAGUGGAACAGACCGAAGCCUUCAUCUCGAAGAAGCUUUUGCUGGCAACUGUGUGGAGUCUUGUGGGCGAUGCAUCUUUGACCAUUCGCAAAGAAUUUGGUGAUUUCCUUUCGACGAUGACCAGUAUCGACCUACCAGGCUUGGACGGCAGUGCUUCCCUCAUCGACUACGACGUGAUGUUGCCACAUGCGCAAUGGGUGCCCUGGCAGUCUCAGGUACCUACGAUCGACCUGAACACUCAUUCCAUCACCCAGACCGACGUUAUUAUCCCCACGAUGGACACCGUGCGCCACGAAGACGUCUUGUACUCGUGGUUGGCUGAGCACAAACCCCUGAUGCUCUGCGGGCCCCCGGGUUCUGGUAAAACAAUGACUCUCUUCAGCGCACUUCGCAAACUCCCCGACAUGGAAGUUGUCGGUCUCAAUUUCUCUAGUGCCACUCAGCCAGAGUUGGUCAUCAAGACGUUCGAACAAUACUGCGAGUACAAGAAGACGCUGAACGGGAUGGUGCUAUCGCCUACCCAGCUUGGCCGUUGGUUGGUCAUCUUCUGCGACGAGAUCAAUCUGCCAGCGCCUGACAAGUACGGCACCCAACGAGCUAUCAGCUUCUUGCGGCAGCUCGUAGAGCAGAAUGGUUUCUGGCGGACAUCGGAUCGAGCGUGGGUGUCCUUGGAGCGUAUCCAGUUUGUCGGCGCUUGCAACCCGCCAGAAGAUGCGGGUCGUCAUCCAAUGGGUGACCGAUUCUUGCGACACGCACCCGUGGUCAUGGUCGACUACCCAGGUGAAGUAUCCUUGACACAGAUCUACGGCACUUUCAACAACGCAGUCCUCAAGGUUGUGCCAUCCCUGCGUGGGUUCGCCGAUGCCUUGACACAUGCAAUGGUCGAUUUCUACCUGAAAUCACAAGCCAGAUUCACACCUGAUAUUCAGCCGCAUUACGUUUACUCACCUAGAGAAUUGACUCGAUGGGUUCGUGGCAUUUACGAAGCAAUCGCGCCUCUUGAGCACCUUUCUCUGGAAGGCUUGCUCCGCAUCUGGGCUCAUGAGGCACUGCGCUUGUUCCAGGAUCGACUCGUUGAACAGGAAGAGCGUGUUUGGACAGCUGACAUGGUCCGUCAGACAGUGCUUCAGCAUUUCCCUACGGCAGAUAUCGACCAAGCUCUUCACGGACCGAUCUUGUUCUCGAAUUGGCUGUCCAAGAACUAUGUGUCUGUUGAACAAGAGCAGCUGCGGGAGUUCGUCAAAGCACGUCUGAAGACAUUUUGUGAAGAAGAGGUCGAUGUCCCGCUUGUGCUCUUCAAUGAUGUCCUUGAGCAUGCUCUACGCAUCGACCGAGUAUUCCGUCAACCUCAAGGCCACCUUAUCCUUAUCGGCACCAGCGGGAGUGGCAAGACAACACUGUCACGAUUUGUGGCCUGGAUGAACGGGUUGAGUAUAUUCCAAAUCAAAGUCCACGGCCGCUACUCCGCAGAAGACUUUGAUGAUGAUUUGAGAACCGUACUGAAAGCUUGCGGCACACGGGGCCAGAAGGUGUGCUUCAUCAUGGACGAGUCGAACGUCCUCGAUUCCGGGUUCCUCGAGCGCAUGAACACUCUACUCGCCAACGGAGAGGUCCCUGGUCUCUUUGAGGGAGAUGAAUACUCCGCGCUGAUGACUGCUUGCAAAGAGGGAGCUCAACGACAGAAUCUCAUGCUGGACUCGCAAGAAGAACUCUACAAGUGGUUCACGCAGCAGAUCGUCCGCAACCUGCAUGUUGUCUUCACCAUGAACCCGCCACAAGAAGGUCUAUCAUCCAAGGCUGCUACCAGCCCAGCGCUGUUCAACCGGUGUGUCCUCAACUGGAUGGGCGACUGGUCGGAUCAAGCUCUCUUCCAGGUCGGCUACGAACUCACCCAGUCCAUCGACCUCGACAAGCCAAACUUCACCGCCCCUGACAGUAUCCCUGUCGCUUAUAGGGACCUGGCUUUGCCAGCCUCACACCGAGAUACUAUCGUCAACGCAAUGGUGCAUAUACACUACUCUGUUCAGAAGACCAAUGAUCGGUUGGAGCGCCAGCAGGGCAUCGUCACAUACCUCACGCCCCGCCACUACCUGGACUUUGUGACCCAAUUCGGCAAACUCUUCAGAGAGAAGCGUGAAGACCUCGAAGAGCAACAGCGACAUCUCAACGUCGGUCUCGAGAAGCUCCGAGAUACUGUCGACAAGGUACGCGACCUGAGGGCAAGCCUGGCGCAGAAGAAGCAGCAACUGGAGUUGAAAGAUGCUGAGGCAAACGAAAAGCUGCAACGCAUGGUGGCCGACCAGCGGACAGCGGAGUCACAGAAGACGACUUCGCUCGAGAUCCAGACAGAACUAGAGAAGCAAGAGAAGGAGGUAGCCAGCCGAAAAGAAAUCGUGUUGGGCGAUUUGGCCAAAGCCGAGCCAGCGGUCAUCGAAGCGCAACGAAGUGUCAGCAACAUCAAGAGACAAUAUCUCACCGAAGUGCGAUCGAUGGCCAAUCCGCCGUCUGGUGUCAAGCUUGCUUUGGAUGCAGUAUGCACGUUACUCGGUCACAAGGUCGAAAACUGGAGGGCUAUUCAGGCUGUUGUGCGAAGAGACGAUUUCAUCGCAAACAUCGUGAACUAUGACAACGAGAAAGAUAUGACGCCCAGUCUCCGGCACAAGAUGCGCCACGACUAUCUGUCCGCUGAGGACUUUACGUUUGAGAAGGUUAACCGCGCCAGCAAGGCCUGCGGUCCUCUCGUCCAAUGGGUCGAAGCACAAGUCAACUACUCUGAGAUCCUGGACCGAGUGGGACCGCUGCGAGCCGAAGUGGAGCAGCUCGAAGACAAGGCACUGCAGACCAAGGCGGAAGCGAAAGCCAUUGAGAAUACAAUCUCGAAGCUUGAAGAAAGCAUUGCGACGUACAAGACAGAAUAUGCGGCCCUUAUAAGUGAGACACAGGCGAUCAAGAGCGAAAUGGCGCGGGUCCAGACCAAAGUCGACCGUAGCCUUCGUCUCCUGGACAGUCUUUCUUCCGAACGGGUCCGGUGGGACGCAGCCAGCAAGUCAUUCGAGACACAGAUCCAGACUCUCGUUGGCGACGUUGUUAUCGCGUCGGCAUUCCUGGCAUAUGGGGGCUUGUACGAUCAACAAUUCAGAAAGUCCAUGAGUGAUGAUUGGUUACACCAUAUGUCUCAAUCUGGCAUCUCCUGCAAGGCCGACGGCUCCGUCCUGGGCUAUCUGUCGUCCGCGGACGAACGUUUGGAAUGGCAGCGGCACUCACUUCCCGCGGACGACUUGUGCAUGGAGAACGCCAUCAUGCUCAAACGCUUCAACCGGUAUCCCUUGAUCAUCGAUCCGCCAGGCAGAGUCACAGAAUUCUUGAAGCAGGAGCACCAAGGCAGGAAAUUGACAGUAACAAGCUUCCUUGACGAUGCUUUCACGAAGCAGCUUGAGAGUGCAUUACGUUUUGGCAAUCCGAUCUUGAUCCAGGACGCCGAAUAUCUGGACCCCAUCUUGACACACGUUCUCAACAAGGAAUACCAGAAGACGGGCGGGCGGGUCCUUAUCCAGCUAGGCAAGCAAGAGAUCGACUUCUCUGAGCACUUCCAACUGUAUCUCUCCACUAGGAACCCCUCGGCGGCUUUCGCACCAGAUGUAUGCAGCAGGACUACUUUCAUCAACUUCACAGUCACGCGAAGCAGCUUGCGGACGCAAUCGCUAGAUGAUGUCCUCAAGGCAGAGCGGCCGGACGUCGACAGGAGACGGACCAACUUGGUCAAAAUGCAAGGCGAAUUCGACACCAAUCUCCGACAGUUGGAAAAGAGGCUGCUACAGGCCCUCAACGAGUCUCGCGGUAACAUUCUCGACGAUGACAACGUCAUUCAGACACUCGAGACUCUGAAGAAAGAAGCUGCCGUCAUCACCAAAAAGGUUGCCGAGACGGAGGGCGUCAUGGCUGAAGUCGACCGUAUCACCCAAGGCUACAGUCAUAUUGCCAAUGCGUGCAGCGCCAUCUUCGCUCUGCUCGAACAGCUGCAUCAUCUCAACCACGGAUAUAGAUUCUCGCUACAAUACUUCAUCGACAUUUUCCACACGGUGCUCCACCGAAACCCUCAUCUGACGAACAAGACAAAUCAUGAGGAACGCGGCGAGAUCAUCUUGAAGGACAUUUUCGUGGAAGCUUACCGCCGAACCUCCUUGUCCCUGCUGCAAAAGGAUCGCAUUACGCUGGCGAUGCUUCUUGUUCGAGCCACUCCCUACCAAUUUGACCAAUCUGCGAUGGAGCUCAUUCUGGAGGAUCGACCCCACUCCCGUGGCGCGGUGCCUGCGGACGGUCAUGACGAGGACAUCAUACCGGCAGUCAAGCGAAUCCCAAUCUUCCAACAGGAGAAGAUUGAUGCCACAAGCACAGGUUGGAAACAGUUCAUGUCGGCUGAGCGUGCAGAGCACUGCGUCCCGAUCCUUUGGGAUGAGACUGACAACACCAUGGACCAGAACCUGUACAAGUUGUUACUGAUCAAGCUGGCUCGACCAGACAGAUUCUUGCCUGCAGCUCAAGCACUCGUAGCAAGCGUGUUCGGAUCAGAGAUAUUCCAGGGCGAUGAUGACUUGAGAACAAUCGUCGCGCAAGUCACGUCUUCGAUUCCGAUCGCAUUGUGCUCCAACCCCGGCUUCGACGCAAGUUACAAGGUUGAUGCUCUGGUUGAGAAGCAGAAUACAUCAUGUGCCAAUGUCGCCAUGGGAUCCGAAGAAAGUGUCGCCAGCGCAGACAAAGCGAUCACGAGCGCUGCAGCAAGUGGCAGCUGGGUGCUGAUCAAGAACGUUCACCUGGCUUCACAGUGGUUGCAGAGCUUAGAGAAACGUCUGUCGGCACUCAAGCCACACCCUGAUUUCAGGCUGUUCUUGUCGAUGGAAUCAAGCCCCAAGAUCCCGGUCAACCUCCUGCAAGCGUGCAGAACACUUGUGUACGAGCAACCUGCCGGCAUGAAAGCGAACAUGAAGGACACCAUGACGGUACUGUCGGACCGAGGCUCGCGAACGCCGGUGGAAAAGGCUAGACUCUACCUCCUGCUAUGCUUCCUUCAUGCUGUGCUGCAAGAACGGCUCCGAUACGCGCCAACACUGGGAUGGAAAGGCCUCUGGGAGUUCAAUGACAGCGACUACGAAUGUUGUUCAUUCAUAAUAGAUUCCUGGGUCGAGGCAAUCGCACAAGGACGUUCCAAUGUGGCCCCAGUCAAACUGCCAUGGGAUUUGAUUCGGACGCUAGUGACGGAGAUGUAUGGUGGCAAGAUUGAUGAUGAGGGGGAUUUCUCGUUGCUGGGUCAAAUUGUGGGCAAAGUUUUCGACCCUGCUGCGUAUGAGACUGACCACGAACUGGUGUCUGAUCCGGAUGAAGGCCAGGCGCUGAAGGUUCCUUCAGGGACCACGAUUCGUGACUUCAUGGGUUGGGUGGAUACACUACCUGAACGAGAACCGCCUGCAUACUUGGGACUCCCCGCCAACGCCGAGAGAUUGCUGUUAAUGGGACAAGGCAGGGAAACAAUUAGCAAACUGGCCAGGAUUACCGAUUUGUUGGAGGAAGGUGAACAGACCAUGUCGGAGGCUUCACAUAGGGCUUGA